GCCAGCAGCGAGCACACACAAUAUGUGGUGGCUCGCGAAAACGGGAGGCAGGAGCCUGGCGGGCAGCCCGCGCCGGUAACCGGCCCCAUGUGAGACGGGGAGCUCGCCUUUCGCCGCCCGGAGACGAUCGGCCGCCGAGCGCGAUGUCUUUCCGAGAGAUCAAGGCGGGGGAAAAAGCCAAGCACCCUGAAGAUCAUGGCAAAAAGCAGAGUUCAAGUUGGAUCAACGGAAUGGAGAACAGCACCCAAGCCAGCACUUCUGUCGAGAAAAGAAAUCACCAUUGGAGAAGUUACAAGUUGAUUAUUGACCCGGCUCUGAAAAAAGGACAGCACAAACUCUACCGCUACGAUGGGCAACAUUUCAGCAUGCCGAACUCGGGAAUCGCUCCUGUGGAUUGUGUCAGAGAUCCCAGAAUAGGGCGAAUAUGGACCAAAACGAAGGAGUUGGAGCUGUCUGUCCCCAAAUUCAAGAUUGAUGAGUUUUACGUGGGGCCAGUGCCUCCCAAGCAGGUCACCUUUGCCAAGCUGAAUGACAACAUCCGUGAAAACUUUUUAACCGACAUGUGCAAGAAAUACGGUGAAGUGGAAGAGGUGGAGAUUCUCUACAACCCCAAGAACAAGAAGCACCUGGGCAUUGCCAAAGUGAUUUUUGCCACUGUCAAAGGUGCCCGGGAGGCUGUCCAGCACCUUCACAACACCUCUGUCAUGGGCAACAUUAUCCACGUGGAGCUGGAUACAAAAGGUGAAACCCGCAUGCGAUUCUAUGAGCUGCUCGUUAAUGGUCUUUACACUCCUCAGACCCUGCCUGUAGGCACUGAACAGGACACAUCGCCAACUGCGAAUGAAACCCUCCAGUUGACAGAUUCUCUGAAGCGCUUGAAGGACAGUAACCUUUCCUCUGCGGGAUCAUCUGUCACCCCAAACAGCAGCACGCCGUUUUCCCACGACACAGCCUAUUCCAGCUGUCGGCAGGACACCCCAAACUCGUUCAGUCAAUUCACCCCGCAGUCCCAAGGGACGCCCCACACCCCACGGUUAGGGACGCCAUUUUCCCAGGAUUCCACGUAUUCCAGCCGUCAGACGACGCCAGUGUACCACUUUGGGCAGGACAGUGGGUACAAACACAGGAGACACGAAACAAAAUUUACGGAUGCCUACAACCGUCGACCGGGAGGACAUCACUAUGUUCAUAAUUCUCCUGGUGUUUUCCGCGGGACAGAGCAUCAGUUCAGUACGUUCAAAUCCCAUCAGCAGGAGCCAGUUCAGUUCUCUCACACUCCUCCCCUGAGCCACUCGAGUUCUUCGAGUUACAAGUCUGCCUUCUCUCCUUACCAAGCACCAGCCGUAUUUCCGCAGUCUGAGGAGCAGCCGUUUGCCCAAACUUCCAGGGAAGCAGAGUACCGAAGACCUGCACCGCCUCCCGCCGAGAUGGUCGUAGAAAGCAGUGCUGCCACCAGCGCCGAUUUUGCUCCAGUGAAGGAGAAACCAGAGGAACCUCCACCCUUACCAGAUUCAAACUCUGCUCCUGAGCCGAGCGCACCGUCCUUCUCUCAGACACCUGAGAGGAGUGAGACCCCUGGCACCCCCACCAUGGAGUCUGAAAUGCAGCAUAAUAGUUUAGACUCAAGGAUUGAGAUGCUCUUAAAAGAACAGAGAACAAAGUUACCUUUUCUUAAUGAGCAUGACUCAGAUAAUGAGGUCCGAAUGGAAGGUAGCCCUAUCUCCUCUUCCUCUUCCCAGCUCUCUCCCAUCCCAAUGUACGGUUCAAACUCUCAGCCCGGUUACAGAGCUCAGACACCUUCCUCACGCCCUUCCAGCACGGGCCUGGAGGACAUCAGCCCCACGCCGUUACCUGACUCUGAUGAUGAUGAGCCCAUCCCUGGGACUGCUUCUCUGAAUCAGAAUUCCAGGGGUACAUCAGAGGCCAGCAUGACUCCCAUCGAUCAGCUGAACAGGACCUCCAAAGUCGAGACCUUGGAGGUUAAAGAAAUGGUGCCUGGGGACCAGACUCCAAUAUCGGAAAAGAUGGACGAGAGUCAGCAUUCUUCAGGGGAGGACAUGGAAAUCUCCGACGAUGAGAUGAACUCCGCGCCCAUCACCAGUGCAGAGUGUGCCAAAACCAUUGUGGUCAACUCCUCAGUCAGCAACGCAGCCGUCAUGGCCCCAUCCAUCCCUCCUCUGCCACCGCCGCCUGGAUUCCCUCCUCUUCCUCCUCCUCCACCACCACCUCCACAGCCGGGUUUUCCGAUGCCUCCGCCGCUGCCUCCUCCGCCUCCUCCCACACACCCUGCUGUCACCGUGCCCCCUCCACCGCUCCCUGCUCCCCCUGGGGUCCCUCCACCUCACAUCUUGCCUCCGCUUCCUCCCUUCCAUCCCGGCAUGUUCCCAGUCAUGCAGGUGGAUAUGAUAAGUGUCUUGGGCAACCACUGGGGUGGCAUGCCCAUGUCCUUCCAGAUGCAAACUCAGAUGCUCAGUCGGAUGAUGCAGGCACAGAACACAUACCAGUAUCCGCCUUUCAUGGCGGGCAGGAUGCAGUUUGUGAAUCUGCCGCCCUACCGCCCGUUCUCUAUGGGAGCAGCUCUUGGUCGUGGGCAGCAGUGGCCACCACUGCCCAAGUUUGACCCCUCGGUUCCACCGCCGGGUUAUGAGCCCAAGAAGGAAGAUCCCCACAAAGCCACUGUGGAUGGAGUCCUCCUGGUCAUCGUGAAGGAACUGAAGGCUAUCAUGAAAAGGGACCUGAACCGGAAAAUGGUUGAAGUGGUUGCAUUUCGGGCAUUUGAUGACUGGUGGGACAAGAAGGAACGGCUGGCAAAGGCAUCUCUCACACCAGUGAAGUCUGGAGGAGAGCUGGAGGAGAAACCAAAGCCAAAGGAUCGAAUCACAUCUUGCCUCUUGGAGAACUGGAACAAAGGCGAAGGCCUGGGAUACGAGGGAAUUGGCUUGGGCAUUGGGUUACGAGGGGCCAUCCGGCUGCCAUCCUUCAAGGUGAAAAGAAAGGAGCCACCAGAAGCUGCCUCAGCAGGAGAUCAGAAGAGAAUCCGGCCUUCUACUUCUGUUGACGAUGAAGAUGAAGAGUUGGAGAGGGACAGAGAUGCUUCCGAUACCACAUCCGACCUGUCAAAGAAGGAUGCAGAAGCAGUGGGGCUGAGGCGGCGACCAGCAAGGCCACUGGAGCUCGACAGCGAGGGGGAGGAGGGAGAUGAGACAUCAGGGAAAGAGGAAGAGUCUUCCUCAGAGAAAGAAGAAGAGCAGGAGGAAGAGGGAGGCUUGGUGAAAGCAGCACCUGGCAAGGAGGAAGAGGAGGAUGAAGAUGAUGAGGAAGAUGAAGAUGACGAUGAGGAUGAUGAAGAUGAAGAGGAUUAUGAAGAGACAGGUAUUGAAACAAGUGACAAAGAGGAAGAGCAGGACUCUGAAGAGGAAGAUGUAGCGAGUCCCUCAUCUUCCAAGGCUGAAGUUGAAUCAUCAGAUGAAAGUGAGGACUCCUCUGAAUUUGAAUCAAGUUCUGACUCAGAUGAAGAUGAUGAUGAGGAGGAGGAGGAUGAAGAUGAAGAAGAGGAGGAGGAGGAAGAAGAGGUGGCUGAAGAUCAAGACAGAGAAGCCAUGGUUGCUGAGACGGAGCAUGAACCUGCCAGUCAUGAGCUUCUCGAUGAUAAGAGGGAGACCAUUUUGGAGCUAUAUCCUGUGGACUACAUGGAUGCAACGGGCUUGGGACUCUCAGAGCCAGCUUUGGUAGAGAAGGAUGAAGGGAUGGAAGAAGUCAAAGCAGAGGAAAGUGAAUGUGAUCAAGUCCCAGAGGAAUCUAUUGCUGCUGAAACACUCAAACAGUUGGUUAUGGAAAGAGACCAGGAGCCAAAACUUGCACUGUCUCCCAUCUGCAGGCCAGUGGAAGAGCCUGAACCCAUCGUCAUGCUGGAGCCGGAGGUACAAGAAUGCCCAAAGCCUGAAUCGCAAGAUGAGGCUGGCACAGUCUGUCUCUCGACUCCAGUGGCAGUCUUUGGAGAACCUCUGCCCAGCAAAAGCAGCUUCUUUAGGAAGUCUGAUGACAGCUGCUUAGAAACGCAUGUUAAGACAAAGCUGCCCUCUGCAGUGGAGGAGGAGGACAGGUUGCCUCGCACGCCUGGACGGGAAGCAGUGGUCCAUUCAGAGACUGAUAUUCUUUUGCUCCCAGCCCACAAGGUGCCAUCCUCCACGCUUCCCUUACCAUCGACUCCUGGUAAAGAGGAAUCUGUAGUCCCUCCAGAAAAGUUCCCUGAACAAUUAAUGGUGACCAAAACGUCCAUAGAAGAGGAGAUUCCUAGGACUCCUGGGCGGGACAUUUUGGCCAAGUCUUCACACCCCCUUGCAAAGUCGCAGAGCACAGACACUGUUCCAGCCACGCCAGGAAGUGAUGCUCCCCUUACAGGAAGCAGCUUGACCCUCAGUUCCCCUCAAGUCCCAGGGAGCCCCUUUUCCUACCCAUCCCAGUCUCCUGGCAUUAACAGUGGUAUUCCUCGGACUCCUGGGAGAGAUUUCAAUUUCACGCCUACUUUCCCAGAGGCUGGUGCUACCAUUCCUUGCCUUCUGUCUGGCAAGAAACAGUCAGAGGAUGACCUAGAAGAGAAACCUUUUAAAGAGCCUCUUGGUGCUUCCCUUACUAUCAGCAUGAACAGCGUUCCUUCUCCUAUCCCCUUUGCCAGCCCCACGCAAGCAGAUUUCCGCACAGACAUGGGCUUGCCAUCUAACGAGCCAAUACCCAUCGCAGCCCUGCCAUGCAUGCCUGGAGAUGGAAGAAUGCCCAUCGAGGAGUGCAAGGCAGAAGUAAAAUCUGUUUUGCUCUCGCCAGAAGCACCCGUUGGUGCAUCUAUUCUUCCUCCACCACCACCACCUUCUGUUCUUCCCAAAAGGAGGCCGGGUCGGCCAAGGCGGUCCCCACCUUCUGUCCUCUCAUUGGAUAUGUACUCGGGCAAAGCCAUCGAGCCACCCCCUGUCCCUGUGGCUUUGGUGGAAAGUGCUAUGAGCAAAGAGCUUCUGAGUGCACACCCCGAUGCUUUCUAUGGACUGAAGGACCCUGAAGCUGUCACCCUAGAUUUCAGGAAUGACAGCUUCCACGAGAAAAUAGCAGCUGAGACAGUUGCAGAGAAACUGCCAUUUAAGGAAUUGGAGAACCAGUGGAAUGAAGAUUUCAAGGAAGAAGAAGCUCACGUGAAGCCUAAAAGACAGUGGCGAAGGCAGAAGAAGUCACCCGAGCACCUUCCAGUGAUUCCUUCCCCAGAAUACUCCCCACCCCAGCCUCAGUUCAGGCCACGCUCCGAGUUUGAGGAGAUGACCAUUUUGUAUGAUAUUUGGAAUGGAGGCAUAGAUGAGGAAGAUAUCAAAUUCAUGUGUAUCACGUAUGACCGCCUCCUGCAGCAGGACAAUGGUAUGGACUGGCUCAAUGACACACUGUGGGUAUUCCAUCCUUCUACCAGCUUUUCCACCCCCAAGAAAAAGAAGCGGGACGAUGGGAUGCGGGAGCACGUCACGGGCUGUGCACGAAGCGAAGGCUAUUACAAAAUCGAUAAGAAGGACAAACUCAAAUACCUCAAUAAUAGCCGAGCUUUUGCAGAGGAGCCUCCAGCUGACACGCAGGGGAUGAGCAUCCCUGCCCAACCUCACGCUUCCACGCGGGCUGGCUCCGAGCGGCGGUCAGAGCAGCGCAGGCUCCUCUCCUCCUUCACUGGUAGCUGCGACAGCGACCUGCUCAAGUUCAACCAGCUCAAGUUCCGGAAGAAAAAGCUAAAAUUCUGCAAGAGCCACAUUCACGACUGGGGCCUUUUUGCCAUGGAGCCCAUUGCAGCUGAUGAGAUGGUGAUUGAGUACGUGGGUCAGAACAUCAGGCAGGUCAUUGCUGACAUGCGUGAAAAGCGAUACGAGGAUGAAGGCAUUGGGAGCAGUUACAUGUUCAGAGUUGACCAUGACACAAUCAUCGAUGCUACAAAGUGUGGAAACUUUGCCAGGUUUAUUAAUCACAGCUGCAAUCCAAAUUGUUAUGCUAAAGUGAUCACGGUGGAGUCUCAAAAGAAGAUCGUCAUCUACUCAAAACAGCACAUCAAUGUGAAUGAGGAAAUUACUUACGACUACAAGUUUCCCAUUGAGGAUGUAAAAAUCCCAUGUUUAUGUGGCUCUGAGAACUGCAGGGGAACCCUAAACUGAACUCGAGGUUUCUCGUCACACUUGCACCUUUGGCCAUGUCAAAACUGUGGUAACCAGGUGUGGUUGCACUUUGCCAAAAAAAAAAAA